UCCGUAGGCAUUCCUUCACUGUCAGUGCACUGUGACAGACAGCCAUCGCUGAGCCCCAAGUGUGAACUAUGGAGGAAAUUAACAACAUUGAAGUGAUUCCGUGCACACAGUCCAACUAUCUGAAGCCGCUCCGGGUCCACUACAACCAGAAUGGCACAAAGAAAACUUGGGACUUCAUGCAAACCCAUGACAGUGUAUCAGUGCUGAUCUUCAACACCACCUCACAUUGUUUUGUCCUCGUCAAGCAGUUUCGUCCAGCUGUUUACAUGUCUGAGUGGGAAAGGGCCAAAAGGCAGCCGCCAAAGUCUGCCGAGAAAACCGACGAGGGCUCCGCCGAGGCCGCGGCCCCCGACUCCUCGGAGGGCCAAUCGGCCUCGGAGGGCCAGAGCUCCUCUCAGUGGCCUCUGGCCUCAACGGGCAUCACGUACGAGCUCUGUGCCGGACUGGUGGACAAACCUGACCUCUCCCUGGAGGAGAUCGCCCGGCAGGAGGUGCUGGAGGAGUGUGGCUACGAUGUACCCGUGUCCAAGCUGAGGAAGAUUACUUCUUAUAGGUCAGGUGUAGGGGUAACGGGCGCCAAGCAGACCAUGUUUUACGCCGAGGUGUCAGAUGACAACUGCGUGAGCGCAGGUGGCGGUGAGCCACAGGAGGGGGAGCUGAUCGAGGUGGUCAAAGUUCCACUGCACGAGGCAAUGACGUUCGCCUACGACGAGCGUUUACCCAAAACCAUGGGCGUCCUCUUUAGCUUCAUCUGGUUCCAUAAUAACAUGUCACCCAAGUACAAGAUCUCGACUAAUGUCUAACUAGAAUUUACAAAAAAAAAAAAGAAAGAGAAAAAAAAAUGUCUUUUCGACCAUUUGUUCCAAACUCAAUGAAACACUGGCCCAGCACAUCCAUUCUUCCCCUCAUGGUUUUCAUCGGUUGCCUUUUUGCAUAUCGGCACAUGAUGAAGACCCUUGUCCUGUUGCCAGCAGGUAAAUUAGGCUUUUUUUUUCUUUUUACCUUUUCACAUUUUAGAAUAGUUGUCCUAAAAACUUUAAAUUUGCCAUAGCUGGUUGUCUCUGGCACUUUCAAUUCAAAUCCAGGUUAAUUUUAUUUUUAGUUAUUAUUAAAUUAUUGUACU